AUGGACCUUCUCGGUCUAGACGGUCUCGAAGGGUUCGAAGAUACGCCGCCCGUGGUUUCGAUUUCAGCGUCUCAGUCCCUCAACGCGUCGGCCGCUACCCGCGACCCGAUCGCGACGGGCCUGGCGCGUCUGGACGAGGCUCUCAAUGACCUCCCCGACCAGUCCAACCAAGGCGGCAUCCUGCGUGGACAUGUUACAGAAAUAUUCGGACCCCCAGGAGCCGGGAAGACCUCGCUGGCGUUGAAUAUUGCAUGUAAUGCACUACGUGACGGCAAAGUAGUCUGGAUCGAUACGGGAUGUCCCUUGCCCAGUCUCCGGCUGGAGGAAAUGUCCGUCAACCUGGAUGACUUUGUCUAUUUCCGGGCGCAUACGCUGGCUCAUCUAAUAGCCCUGCUUGCACGUCCACCAAAGGGGUUUCCACCGCCGGAAACAAACCUUAUUGUCGUCGACUCUGUGUCGAAUUUAUUUCCAGCUUACUUCUCCAGCGCCCAAGAGCUCAAGGACCAGCCUACCGAGGGCAAAUUCAGCGAUAAAACACACCUGCAAUGGCUGAUCAAUCGCAAAUGGAACAUUGCUAGCGAGCUCGCCAUGCAUUUGGCUAGACUCGCGGCGAAAAAUAUUGCCGUGUUGGCUAUUAAUCAAGUCCGUACGGAGAUCAAGGGUCAAUCUCACGCAGUUCUGCAGCCGCUCUUGUCGGGCAGCGCGUGGGAGGCUAGCGUACAGACUCGCAUUGCGGUCUAUCGUGACCUGCCGGAUGAGCGAUUUGCAGAAGUUGAGAAGCGCGCGGGUAAGCCAUUGCCCGAGCAAGCCGGGCUGCUCGUUGCGUUUCGCAUUGAACCGGAUGGUCUUUAUGAAACAGAGGGAAAGGAAUCUCCGCCCUCCGAGCCUCUGACCCCUUUGCCAAAGCCCUCUUCCGACUUUGAGUACUAUGAUCCUCCUACCCCGACUCCUUCGCCUAUAUCCUCUGUGCUGUCUUCUGCGCCGUCCUCCGCGGAAUUGGAGUCUCCAAGCCCUUCACCAUCUAAGCUGGCGUCGCCAGAACAGCCUGUACAUACCCCAAUUAAGAAACGGAAGCUGGAGGAGGUAGCCGAUAGUCAGGAUGAAGACUCCGAGGAAGAGAAUGUCCCAUGGACAGACGAGACAACCCUGAACACGAAUUAA